AUGAAUUAUCUAAAUAAUGAUUUUUAGAACAUAUCUAUAAAGUGUGAUGUCAAAUGUAAGGGUUAUGUAAUUUGAUUGAACAUGUAAAUGAAAUGACAAAAACUUAAUCCAAGGAGGGGAUUUUAAAAUUCUAUGAAAAUAAUAUCAAGAAAGAAAGAUAUUUUGAGAAGACAACCCGAGGCUUGAAUUGAAAAUGGAAAGGGGAAUAACGUGUAAGAAAGGGAGGGUUGAGGGAAGAGUAGGUGGCAUUGAAAAGGAAGAGGUGAUGGACACUUGUAAAGACCUCUUUCUAUUCAUGCAUAUGCCGCCAUCCUACCUUCUCGAAUAUGAAGCAUCUCGAAGAUCUAAAAUUCAAGAAGAAGAAAAUGACGAAGAAGAAAGAAGAAGCAAUGGAGAAGAAGAGCCCCUUGGGGCUCACCUUCCUCCUCCUCCUCCUCCUCAUGGCCUCUCAAGAGACGGAGGCGAGGCUGUGCGAGUCGCAGAGCCACUGGUUCAGGGGCGUGUGCGUGAGCAACCACAACUGCGCCGUCGUGUGCCGGAACGAGCACUUCGUCGGGGGCCGCUGCCGAGGCUUUCGCCGGAGGUGCUUCUGUACUCGCAACUGUUAAAUUAAGAGCCUCUGUAUUACCACUACUACUACAAUAAAGAGACUCUUCUAUCCUUCUGUUG